AUGACCGAUGUGAAACCAUUUUCCAAUCCCGUGAAUGAAGAACAAGAUGCUUCCAAAUCGGAAGACAAGAAUGAUAUCAAUGAUGACGAGGACGACGACAAGAUGGCAACUCAGAAAACUGCAGUGGAUCCAACAUUGCCAGAAACAGCCAAUACAAGUCAAGACAAAAAGACCUCAGGCAUGAGUGACAAUUCCAAUGAGCCAUCAAACAAUGUCAGUGCUUCUCCAACACUCGACAAUAACGCUUCGGAUCAAGGCGCCAAGAUCUUGAUUAUGGAUAAACAAGUCUCGCCCAACGAAGCUCUCUACAACCAGGAAUAUCAAUUGGAAAAGGUCAUUGGAUGUAUGUUUACAACUCUUGAGAAAAUUGAAAAUCAAGCCACAAGAGCUUGGUUCAUUGCAGAAACAGCAUUCAUUAUGGAAAAGAGCACCAAGUAUGCAGAGGCAUUUGGAAUUUAUGUCAAGGCAGGAAUUAUUCUUCAUCAAGCUAUUGAGACAAUGAAAAAUUUGGAAGUAGAAUCUGAAAGGUCGAAAGCUCUUAGGUCUUUCCUAACGACCGUUUUACGAGAUAUUUUUGAACGUACUCUUGCCAUUCAACAAGACAAGUUGAAUAGCAGUAUUAAUAGCUCACAAUCCCCUCAGAAUGAAGUUGGUGUACAUCAAAUCUUGUACAUGUAUGCAAUCCGAAUUGCGCAAGAAGCAGCUUACAAAGAAUAUCUCAAUUCCUCACAAUGCACCAAAGAAUGUCUUGCCAUGUAUAUUAGAGCCAAGUACAUUUUCGAAUAUUUAAUUGAGGCUUCAGAAGAGUAUUCUGAGAAAGUUGAGCUGAGAAACUUUUUAGCCAAGUUCACAGAAAGAAUUAAUUUCCUUGAGAAUUAA